CUGCUGGUGUAGCUCUACGACGAGUGAGUUCUCUUUGCUUCUUAUCACUUACUCAAAUUAACAAUUGCUUCUGUAGCCUCUCAAUCCGCGAAAGAAGGGAGAUAAACGAGAGUCUGUAAAGCAAGUAAACGGGAACGUGGACGAUAAGAAGCUUAAAGAGAAACCUAGCUGGCUUUCUGGAUCUAAAGAUCCUCCAGGUGGAGGCCAUUGGCGAACAGCGACUUGUAAACUAUCAGAACAAGGAGAACGAUGUUUAUUGAAUAUAUAUGUUGACCAAUCCAUUAUGUGGUGUACUGCCUAUAUUCAUCUCCUCAAUCAGACCGACAUCCGAGAGGCUUCUACUUCACUUUUUUUCCGAAAAAACUGCUUGUCAAUACACUGUGCUGCUGGUAAACGCUGGGCUCCUUCUUCAGGCAUUGAUGAACCUAUAUACUUACAGUUCAGUUCCACCAAUGCUUGCAAUGCAUGGCUUGCUCUUCUACGGUCUUACGCUCUCCCAGAAAUAUACGGGCGAUGGUUCUUCCCUACCGAAGGCGGCUCAUAUCGGAUGUGGCGCCAGGUAGAUUUGACUGUCAUCCAAGGUCGCAAUCUCGGGAACAGCAAGCCUUUUGAAACCCUUGAUGAUGACAAUGAUUCUGCGUCAGAACCAGAUCCUAUCGAUUUGGAUGUAUAUUGCGAUAUCUUGUUUAGUGAGACGCUAUGCGCACGGACAACCGUCAAGAAAGGAAUAGGCUCUCCGCAAUGGCAUGAGAUCUUCCUUUUGUCUGAUCUGCCACCUUUUGAAAGCCUUGACAUUUGGGUGUGGCAGGAGAAGAAGCUUUUCAAACCCUCUAUACUGGGAACUGUACGGAUUGCUUUGAACAACUUUCCUCGAGGGGAAGCCAUUGAAGGCUGGUUUCCCGUGCUACAGAAUGGCUCAAUCGCAAGUGAUAUUCAGGUUGGCGAGCUUCGAUUGAAGAUUCGAGUAGACGAAGAAAUCAUACUACCUUCCAGUACAUACCACAAGCUACUUGAGACCUUCAACGCUCGAAACUUUUUGGACUGGAUGGCAGAAUUCGAGACAAAAUUGAAGCUCAAGUCACUUGGGUCGCAAUUGAUGGCCAUCUCAAUAGCGAACAACACAGCGAUAGAACAGGUUCAAGAGAUUGCUCACAGAGAAGUGGAUGGCUCGCAAUCAUCCCAUACGACUUUGUUCAGAGGAAAUACCAUACUCACUAAGAUCGUGGAACUAUGUAUGAAAUGGUACGGCAAGGCGUUUCUUGAGGCUAGCGUUGGCCCGGUCAUAAGGCGCCUCAUUGCGGAGAAAGUUGCUAUUGAGGUUGAUCCAAUGCGUACUCCAAAGGGCGCAAAGGAAGCAGAAAAGGGCGUCGAUUUGCUAAUAUACUGGUGCCAAGAAUUCUGGAAACAAAUUUAUUCCGUUCGGGAAGAAUGUCCACCAGAGAUGCGUCGACUCUUUUGUACAAUCCGUGAACUUGUCGAAGAGCGUUUUGCCGGUGCAUUCCAAGAGAAACGCGAUUUGCGGUGGCAAGGCGUUUCUGCUUUCUGCUUCCUGCGCUUCAUCGUUCCGGCGAUAUUGAAUCCACAUCUAUUCCAUCUGUACCCGGGUUUGCCGACUCCGCCCGUCCAGCGGAGCCUAACGUUGAUUGCAAAGGUUAUACAGAGUCUAGCCAAUCUCAAUUAUAACGUUCAGAAGGAGGAGUUUAUGCGUGGGGUGAAAGGCUUUUUAGCAGACAGCGUCCCAGCCAUGGUCGAUUACAUAGUCGUUGUCUCCACGCCGGUAAAGGAUACUCGAACGGGGAAGACGCCUGACUGGCAUGAACGCUCCAAUGUGAUCAAUGCCCUUAAACUAAGAGUAUCAAGUAUGCCCAUACUGUAUAGGGAGUCUAUACCCACACUACCUCACACCUUGGAUGUGCCAAGGCACCUAGCUCUUGUCACAUCAGCAGUUAUUCGCCAUUCCCGAACAUACUUCACGGAGGAUAGACCGAGCGCUGAAGACAAGGAUUUGCAUGAAUUUUGUGCACGUUGCUUCGAAGUGGAAGAACAAGCUCUUCUACGAGUUAGUCAACUAGCCGCGCAGCUAUCUGCGAACCAGCAACGGCGGCAUUACUCCUUUCCUUACCCAUCAACAAAUCCUAUAUAUGCUCACCCCUCUUCUCCUGGCCCUUCUUCUCCUUCAGGCCGUUCGGGUCGUCCGUCGACUGCACCUGACGCCGAACAUAGUCGAACUCGGCUCCUUCCUGAUUCUCCUGAAGUAACACCUAGUGGGCCCUCUUCUCCCAUGACGUUCCAGCCCCGAAACAAGCUUUUACACUUCAAAUCGAGUUCCACUGACUCCAUCGGUUCACGCUUCGCGAAGGACGCUCCAUCAUUACCUUCUGUUUUGGUGAGCACAUCGUCGUCCAUUGACGUCGACGAUGCUAAACGCAAAAGGGGACUCUUACGUGGCAUAUGGCGGCGAUAGCCUGUGAAUGGUUUAUGGUAUGGCGCUGUACACAUGUUUCCUAGGGUAUACACAUUACAUAUAUAUUACUAUUAGAC